AUGACUGAAACCUACCCUCCUGUAGCGCUCAAUUUGCGCCAUAAAACCUCUCAGCCUAUCGAACAACCUAAUACACCAAAAAGUUACGUUACAGGUGAAAAAUUCAGUUCUCUGCUCGCAGAGAAAUUAAUACGUCGUGCCGGAUAUGUUGGAAGUAACUUUUUGACAGACCUCUUCGUGGACCAAACUUACUUCUAUCCAAUAAUGGGAUUUUUCAAGUUUUUAGUGACCCCUUCAUUCUGGCUUUACAGCCUGGUUUUAGCAUUUUGCUUUGCUUGUAUCUUCGUCACAGUUGCUGCUUUGUACUAUUUCUUCCUUGUUCCCAUUUUGCUAGCCUGGGCAGUGACAACAUUGGGACCCAUUGGCUUCAUAAUAGUACACGUCCAAUGGUUGUUGCAAUCUAACGCCAUUGCUGUCUCGCUCACAAAUAUUUUGAUAUCGCCGGUGUUUUCCAACAGCAUAUUUGAUGCUGCAUUAACCAAGAUGGGACAUUCUGACUUUUUAGAGAGCGCUAAAAAAGUACUAAUAGCACCAUUGAAAAAACUCACAUGGAAAUCUCCUGAAUUUUGGUUUGUGGUUGUUCCCAGUAAAAUUGGGAGUCUAAAACUCAAAGUCUUCUCAAGCGUUUUUCUGAGCGUUAUUUCGCUGAUACCCAUUAUUGGGCCUACCAUAGCCAACCAAUUGCUGAGUCCGAAGAGAGGCUUUUCUUAUAACCGAAGACUGUUUGAACUUAAAAGCCUGAACGGCUCCCAAAUUAAAGACAAAUUUUAUGAGCAUUUGGGACAGUACACGGCUUUUGGCGUCAUGGCAGGCUUACUUGAAUUGAUACCAGUGAUGUCAAUUCUUACCAUACCGAGUAAUAUCAUAGCAGGUGCGCUUUGGGCUUCCGACGAGUUAAAGAAAAAUCAAACUUAG